AUGGGUGGUAGAGAUGGAAGAGAUUUUGGUGCAAGGGACUUUGGAGGUGAAAGAGACAUGAAUGGAGGGCGUAAUUAUGGUGCACCUCGUGACUUGCCCCCUGUGGACGGACCCCCACGUAGAGCGUACCCUGCUGGUAGAGAUUUAGGAGCGAGUCAGGAUUAUCCUGCCAGGGAUAUUCCUCCAGUCCGUGAUGUCGAAGCAGCCAGAGAUUAUGCAGCUAGGGGUGCUGCGCCUCCGAGAGAUUACGGUGGAACCAGAGAUAUCGGGAUGAGGAGAGACGCAGUAAGAGAUUUCGAACCACCAAGAGAUUUGGCUGCCCCAAGAGAUUUCUCAGGACCACCAGCUAGGGCUGACUAUGGAGCCGGAGAUAGGUUCGGAGGUGGCGGAAGGGGGGGUUAUGGCAACGGAGACAUUCGUCGGCCUGGAGCUGCCCCUGGAGGCAGGUUCGCCGGAAGGGAAGUCGGCGGUACAGAUGAUUACGGCGGCGGCUAUGGUGCAAGGGACAGAUUCAGGAGUCGUUCGCCGAUUGGCAGAGGAGGAAGCCGCCUCCCCAUGUAUUAA